UUUUUUUGCAAUAUGAUGCAGCCUCCUCCUCCUCAGGAGGAACCAAAGAUACCCGGCUCAGGGAGUCUGGUUCUGUAGGACCAAAUCCCCAUGGAACCAGGGCCAGGUUUGGAAGGGAGGCCGGGAGACACUCCACACUCCUCCAGCCCACGGAGCUGGGAUGGCACACGGAGACACCUCCAGACUUGCUGCUUUCCCACCGGGAAUUCCUUAACACACCGAGGCACCGAGGCUGGUCCAGCUGGAGAGGGGCCUUCCCGUGCAGGGGCUUGUUUUGUUACCCCUGCAUUGCUUUUGCCUUAAUUACCCUCCCCAGGGACCUGAAUCCAGUGGGUUCCCAUUGGGACCGUGUGGCCUUGCUGGGUUUUUGGAUGAUCCACGUGGCUUCGUGUCCGUGCCAGCGCUGGGGUUCAGGGAGGGAAGAGGGACCCGUGGCAGGGGGUGAACCCAGAACCACGUGGAGCUUUGUGGGGCCGAGGCCGCGGCUCCGGCGCUUUGCACUAUCCAACACUAACCCCGGGAGCCCCAGGGGCAGCAGCACAGACAGCACCAGGGCUCCUCCCUCCAGAGAGCUAUCCCAGCUCUUCCCAGCAUUGGGAUGUGGGUGUUGGGGUGUUGGGCUCAGCUCUCCCGGUGGCCCCACAUUCCGCCCGCGCCUGCCCGGCCCCGAGAACCCAGAGCUCCAUGUGUCCAGAGGGACCUGGAUACUCCCUGCUUUAUUCCGGGCCCUGCCGUGGCUCCUGAGCAGCCCAGGCUGUUGGGAUUGUACAUUGGGAUUGUCCUGGCACUGCUGGUCAGGUCAGGAUUCCCAGCCCUGGAGGCGGGGGCUGCGGGGUGACCCCACCUUGGGGUCCCUGCCCGGCCGGCGAACUGGGAGCACUCGUUUAAGGGAGCAUUCCGGGAAUUGGGAAGCCUGGAAGAGGCUCUUCACUAACGACCUGCUAACGAAAGGCUUCCCAAAGCCAUGGGGGGUGCAGGGACAGGUCACUGCACCCCCAGGACUGGGGGCACCUGAGUGUGGAGCAGUUCCAGCUCUGUGUUACCUGGCACAAGCUCACCCCUCCCGUACACCUCUCCAGGGAUGCUCCACACCAUUCCCGAGGUCCCUGGCCUUGGAGCAGCCCUGCCAGCAUCCCAGCACCACAUCCCAGUUCCCUGUGCCCCUUCCCAGCCUGUGGCUCUGGGAUGCUUUGGGGCUCUGCAGGAAGAAGCUCUUCCAGACGCCGGCAAACCCGAGACACCCCCCACGGCGGGGCCCAGGAGGGGACAGCGACAGCCCCGACUGUCCCCACGACUGUUCCCACGCACGCUCGGGACCACCACGGGCCCUCCAACACCUCCUCUCAUCCCACCUCAGCUCCUCGGGAGGAGCGACUCCGUGGGACAGCCCAGCUCCAGAGGGAACAUCCCCGGCCUUGCCGUGCCUUUGGAUUUGUGCCUUUGGAUUUGCACUUCUCGCUUCGCUGUCCCGGUGCAGAGGCCCCCCCGCACUAACCCCGGCCAGGCAGUGGCAGGAUUUUAAUCAGCACUUUUAUCCACUUUCCCUCCCAGUGGAAUGGUCGUUUGGAAUCGGGAUGGACGGCAGCACAGCGCAGGCUUAGGGAAUUUCUGUCACCAUGAGAUGGCAAUAUUGUAUGUGAUGAGAUGUCUUUAUAAAAUAUAUUAUCUGUUCCUGCUCUGGUUUUAUAUAUAUAUAUAUAAAAAAUAUAUAAAAUAUAUAUAUUCCUGGUUUUCCCAUAAAUUAACUAUUUCUAAAUUGAAUCUGAUUCUCAGCCGGGGGCGAUAAUGCAAUGAACCCUUUUUUUAUUAUUAUUUUAAAUCGCUGAUAUUUUAAUGUGUAAAAGAAAAAAAAAACCUACUAUAAUGGACCUGGGUUUUGUUUACAUAAUUCACUGUAAUAAAUAAAAAAAAAAGCAAUUAGUUGCAUCCCACCAUGGCCGUGCCUGUUUCUGCAGAGAUGAUGCUCGGAGGGAAUGUGGUGUUUUGGUGUCCCAAUAUCCCGAUUUUCCCCCUCUGGCUGCUCCUGGACCUGCUGCUCUCCCACCAUGGGGCGACCCCGGGG